UAGGCCACCUCUCAGAAAGCACAAAACCAAAAAACCUCCAUUGCUCUCUCCCUCUCUCUCUCUCUCUCUCUCUCGCAUGGAGAACAUUGAGAACAUUGAGAACAUUGAGAACAUUGACGAGUACAGUCACUAUUGGGAAACCAAAAGAUUCAUUCAGAAUGAAGAGCUUGACAGUUGGGCAUUGGAUGAGGCGUUCUCCAGCUACUACGAUUCAAGUUCGCCGGAGGGAACGGCGACGGCGUCAUCCAUCGCUGCGAAGAACAUUUUAUCGGAGAGGAACAGGAGAAAGAAGCUCAAUGAGAGGUUGUUUGCACUUAGAUCAGUGGUGCCUAACAUUAGUAAGAUGGACAAAGCUUCGAUAAUCAAGGACGCAAUCGAGUACAUUCAACAGCUACAUGAGCAAGAGAGGACAAUUCAAGCUGAGAUACUGGAACUCGAAUCAGGGAAAUUUAAGAACAGCCCCGUCUCAGACGUCGAACAGACUUCCGUCUACUCGAGAAAAAAGAAGAAGAGAAUUGAUCAGUGUUAUGACUCGGGAGGAUCAAGAGCUUGUUCAAUCGAAGUCCUUGAAAUUAGGGUCUCUUAUGUGGGAGAUAGAACUCUGGUUAUAAGCCUCACUUGUAGUAGAAAGACAGACACCAUGGUCAAACUCUGCGAGGUCUUUGAGUCGUUGAAGCUCAAAAUCAUCUCCGCCAACAUCACUGCUUUUUCCGGCAGACUCCUGAAGACUGUCUUCGUUGAGGCGGACGAAGAGGAGAAGGAACAAUUGAAGAUAAGAAUUGAAACAGCCAUAGCAGCUUUAAAUCAUGACCCACAAAACCCUGUCAGCUACUAGAGAAUAAUGUCCACCACUUUGUUUCUUCAUGUAAUGGUUAUGAUGAAUGUUGUCAUAGUCACUUGUAUAGGUUUUUCCUUGGAUUUACUCCAAGAGACUCAGUAAUCUUGAUUUUAUCUGGUCUUUGUUUAGUCUUUAAUGGCAGAAAUGCACAUUUGUUGCAAUUUGGUGCUGAA